AUGCGCGCAGGUUCUCGUCUCUCCUUUUUAUCCACUUUCCUUGCGUUCUCCUUUCUGAGUUAUGCGGUCGCUGAGCCGGGCGCACGCCUAUCGGCCAGAAACCACGGUGUUGGGAGACGUCGGCACCCUGUGAACGCACUCCAGCAGAGAGAUGACCAUCUGUUGAAGCGUUACGAUAAUGCCAGGCUCACUUACUACUCUACCGGUUCAAACGCAUGCGGUUCCGUUGAUCAAGACAGUGACUAUGUUGUCGCGUUGAACAUCGCUCAAUGGGCUGGAGGUUCUAUGUGUUACCAGGAGAUUACCAUAACAUACAAUGGCCAGAGUACCCAGGCAAAGAUCACGGAUGAGUGCCCUGGAUGCCCGGCCGGAGGUCUUGAUUUAUCUCCCAGCCUGUUCCAAUUCUUCGCUCCUGAAAGUGAUGGGGCAAUCUACGGUUCAUGGAAUCUCGAUAGCGCUGCAUCUCCAUCUCCAUCGCCUUCUCCGACGCCUUCUCCGACGCCGACGCCGACGCCGACUCCUACGCCAACUCCCACCCCUACACCGACCCCUACCCCAGCUCCCACGUAUACCCCUCCCCCUUCUUCGUCUUCCACUUGGUCUCCGCCUCCGUCCAGUUCGACGGCCUCAUCAUCUUCUUCUUCCGUUAGCUCUAGUUCCGUGUCGAGUUCCAGCUCAGUGCCCCCGCCCAGUUCGUCCUCCGCAGCAUCCAGCUCUGCAGAGUCGGCUGCUGUGCCUGCUGCUACAGCAGUCACGUACGACCAAGGGACGCUCAGCCAGUUCAACUUGGCGCUCGUCAGCCUGGCUGGUCUCAUGGAUGCCGCCGCUCAGAACCAGUGA